CUGAUAAGCCAUACGUUCUGUUGAACACAGGUUCGGGGGCCGAGCCAGCGGGCCGGGUCAGUGCGGUGCUUGACGCCGCUGAGUGAGAGAGGCUUGCUGCAAUUCCUCGGACGCAAUAGCGACAACUACGAAGUUGCUGUUCAUCAGACUUUUGUUGAUGACUUUCGAGGUUCACUCAUCUGUGGCCGUGAUGCUAGGAAGACACCGCUGGUCGUGGCUCGAGCGCAUAUCUCUCCUUUUGAUUGUGAAGUUGGCUUUAGUUCGUCUUGGAGACGCACAAAAACCUAGGUCGUGCUGCGAAGAGGUGCAACUUAAUUGUGGGUAUGGUGAGGUAGUUAGUAACUUCAGUGAAUUCUCCAUACAGCCGAGUGGAGACUUGCUCUUAUUGGGCGAGAAGGCCUCCAACCAUACGAUAGAUGAGUACUGCAACGCUAACUGUCAUUACAACCUCUCUCAACCAGAACCAAAGCAUGUAUGGCUCUGCGCACUCCACAAAUGCUGGUGGAAGUUUUACGUACUGGAUCUACUAUUUCUAUCCGUGUCGUCUGUUUUUCUCGCUGUUUCGUUUAUCGUGUACGUCAGCGUCGCCGAGCUAAGGAGGAAGGAGAGUAAUUACCCUCUCACGUGUAUGCUGUCGGCGCAGUUCUUCUCUUUCACCUCCACCUUAGCCAUCAGGCUCCUGAGGUCUAAGCUCUCACCUGGACUUUGCCGUUUAUCAGUUCUUCUCAACACAUUCGCUAUCUUGUCUUCCUUUUCGUGGCUGAACGUGAUCUCCUACCAAGUCAAGACAAG